AUGGAGACCACACAUCAUAUCGAGGCCACCCAGCCGACAGACAAAGAAAUCCCAGAUAUUGAUCUUGACGACAUCAAGGGAACUUCCAAUGCUGCUCAAGAGGCGGCUAUGGACGCCGAACUCGCGCGUCUGGAGGAACAAUCCCAAGGCCUUAAGCGACCAAAGCUGGAAGUCUCCUUCACCAACCCGGCUGUGUUUACCUACCUCCUAGUCGGAUUUGCCUCAUUGGGUGGUCUUUUAUCCGGUCUGGAUCAGUCGCUCAUCAGUGGCGCCAAUCUUUACAUGCCCGGUGACUUGGGGCUUUCGGACAACCAGGCCAGUCUUGUCAACUCGGGCAUGCCUUUGGGUGCUGUUGCCGGUGCGCUGAUUUUGUCUCCAUCAAACGAAUACCUCGGUCGCCGAAACUCCAUUAUCUUCUCUUGCAUCCUCUACACUAUCGGCGCAGCGCUCGAAGCUGGUGCUGUCAACUUUGGUAUAAUGUUUGCUGGCCGCUUCAUCCUUGGAACCGGUGUCGGUCUGGAGGGUGGUACGGUGCCUAUUUAUGUGGCUGAAUGCGUCUCGUCUAAAAUCCGUGGUAACCUCGUGUCAUUGUACCAGCUCAAUAUUGCUUUCGGUGAAAUUUUAGGCUAUGCUGUUGCCGCCAUCUUCGUCGAUGUAAAAUCGGGUAACUGGCGCUACAUCCUGGGCUCCUCGCUUGUCUUUUCGACCAUCAUGCUCGUUGCGAUGUUCUUCCUACCAGAAAGCCCACGUUACUUGAUGCUCAAGAACCGUCAACUGGAAGCCUAUGCUGUUUGGAAAAGGAUUCGUGGGUUUGAUUCAUACGAAUCAAAGGCCGAAUUUCUCGGCAUGAAAGAAACCGUCUUCGUCGAAAACGAAGAGCAGCAGAACAAUAACAAGUACCCUUGGAUGGACUUCUUCACAAACCCUCGCGCGCGCCGAGCUAUUGUCUACGCUAAUAUCAUGGUUUUCCUGGGUCAAUUUACUGGUGUCAAUGCCAUUAUGUAUUACAUGGGUGUACUCAUGAAAGCCAUCGGCUUUAACGACAGGGACAGUGUCUUCAUGUCACUAGUCGGUGGGGGGGCCCUAAUGCUCGGCACCAUUCCCGCGGUUUUGUAUAUGGAAAAAUUCGGUCGUCGAUACUGGGCCAACACCAUGCUUCCUGGCUUCUUCAUCGGCCUUGUGUUUGUUGGUGUCGGCUACCAAAUUCCAAUCGAUACUCACCAAAGCCUCGCCAUGGGUCUCUAUCUGACCGGUAUUAUCCUGUACAUGGGCUUUUUUGGCUCUUAUGCUUGUCUGACAUGGGUCAUCCCCUCUGAAGUCUUCCCCACCUAUCUCCGUCAUUACGGCAUGACAACUUCGGACGCCAACCUCUUUCUGUGCAGUUUUAUCGUUACCUAUAACUUCACGCGUAUGAUGAAUUCCAUGACUCGUAUUGGACUGACUCUCGGCUUCUAUGGCGGCAUUGCCAUGCUAGGAUGGGUUUAUCAAAUCCUAUUCAUGCCUGAGACCAAGAACAAGAGUCUCGAGGAGAUAGACGAGUUAUUUAGCAAGCCCACCUCGGUUAUUGUCAAAAAGAACAUUAAGAAUACCGUACAGGUCAUGCGAGACUUGAGCAUGUUCCGAUUCAAGAAGGUAUUUGUGCCAGAGUAG